AUGAGCGACUCCUAUACCAUGGCGGGUGCUAGUGACAAUCACCGUCGCUCAGAGAGCUCGGACGGGCUGAUGGGCGAGGAUAAGACUUUUUCUUGCACGCAUCCGGGUUGCAACAGACGCUUCACUCGCGCUGAGCAUAUGCAACGCCAUGCUCUCAAUCAUAUGCCUGGCGGAUUGAGCUGCGAUCUAUGCAAUGCUCACUUCAAAAGGCCCGAUCUGUUGAAGCGGCAUAUGGACCGUCAUCGACAGAAAGAUCUCGAAGCAGGCGGACCGGGCUGCGGCGUUCUAGAUACACGCAAAAGAUCUUGGAAGGCCCCGGACGGGUCUGUUGUAGAGAAACGGCCCUGCCCGAAUCCUUCUGGACGGGGCCGGGCCUCGGCGGCGAAAGAGCGCCCUCAAGCUCAACAAGUGCCUUCGCCUGAUCCGGAACCACACGAAGGGGAUCACAGUCUGUCCGGCUUAGAUAUUGGGGCGGAUCAGGCUUACUCCACUGGCAGCAUAUCGCCAGAAUUUCACAGACGUUCUACCUUGGAUCUACGCCCAGGGAACCAAAACAACCCUCAGCAAUACUCUUUUGGACGUGGAGAUAUAUUCAACCCAACUGAGACCGUUAGCAAUUUUCCUGGAUUCCCUCCCUCUUUACAGUUGUCCGAUUUGAUAACAACGGAGAACCAUUUCGACAUCAAUACGACCCAGCCCAGUAGCUGGGGCGAGGCGUCUUUCAUCGGCGAACAACUGGACUACGACCAGAUCUUCCAGCCAGACACUGCCAGCUCGUUUAACAUGCCAUAUACGACUGCGUUGGACUACAACUGGUUAUUCAACAUGCAAGACACCUCAGCCCCCACUGCAUCGUCGAGACCGUCAAAUAUAGGUCAAGACUUUGAAACUCACAUGACAAACAACCAAUCUCAAACUAAACCGCAAAGCAACAUUGCAAUCACACCAGAGUCGAUGAAGAGCGCUCAACUAUGGACGGAACCCAUGGACAUGCCUCCGAAAGAACAGGAGCGACAAAGGUCAUCCGGUCUACCCAACAACCCUCACACAGGUGCCAGUGAAGCCGCUAGACGCCAAGCUGUCCGGAACUCGAGAGAGAGGAGCGCAGACGUUGCAGCAUCUCGGAGACCUGCCGAUGUACCUCCGGCAGCUCGACAGCGAUACACUGCGGUCAGCCGGCCAGCUCCGACUGAACCAGAGAGACCACUUUCUUCACUGAGAAAGCCGCUCACGAUCCCUCAGAUCAGCGAGGAUGUGAGAGAACGGUUGCUAAACGUCAUCGAUAGUGCCAAACCAAGUCUCCCUGAUCAACGUGUCACGAUAUGGGAGCACCCGCUGUUAUCAGCAGACUCACUCAAGUUGUACUUGGAGCUUUUCUUCACCCGCUUCAACACCGCAUACCCUCUAAUUCACGUGGAAACCUUUGAUUGCAGAAAGACCGAGCCUCUGCUUCUACUUUCCAUCCUCCUUUUGGGCGCAACGUACUCGAGCAAAGACUGUCAUCAACUCGCCGUUUGCAUACACGAUGUCAUCCGGCCGAGUAUCUUUGCUCAUGCGGGGUUCUCACCUAGACCAGAGCUUUGGACGUUACAGACAAUCCUGCUGGUCGAGUGCUUUGGCAAGUCCCGCGCCGGUCAGAAGCAGCACGACAUGAGCCAUCUGUUCCACGGACUGUUGAUCAAUCUCAUUCGCCGUUCCGACUGCCAGACGGUGCGACCUCCAGGCCCACCGCCGGUGUCGGGCGAAGACAACGUCGGCGUCUUGGAUCAAGCAUGGAGGAGGUGGGCUGACGCGGAGCAGAAGAAAAGAUUAGCUCUGCUUUGCUUCAUGUGGGAUACCCAGCACGCAGUCCUCUUUUGCCAAAGCCUAUGCAUGUCGGCCUUUGAGCUCCGGCUUGAACUCCCAUGCAGCCAGAGCAUCUGGGAAGCACGGGAUCCCGCGUCUUGGGCGUCGGCCUGGCGCUCGAGUCUCAGCGAUCAGAGACUGUUCUACUUACCCACCCUCAAGUCUUACUUGACGCCAUCCGCCCCACGACCAGCUGGGCUCACUGGCUUUUCCAGGAUUCUGGUUCUCCAUGGCUUGAUGUCCAUCUCUUGGGACAUGGGACGUCGUGACCAAACGGCUCUCGGAGUCGUCUCUGGAGACAGCUUUGGCACGGGUUGGCGCGAAUUGUUGAGCACCGCCUACGACGCUUGGAAAAGCGACUUUGAUGCCUACUGCGUCAGCUUUUCAGCCCAGUUGCCACGAGGUCCCAAUUCCACAUCGCAAGGGAAUCUGCGGCAACAAGACGACGAAGAAAUGACUCGGCGUGUCGAAUUUGAGUCAUUUGCGUCCGCGUAUAAAGCUCUGUACCAUUCGGCACAGGCCUUGCUCAACAUGGACUUCUUGGACGUUCAGAUAUACGCCGGAGCCCGUCAUAUUCUCGGCAGGCCAGUCCAGCAACGAGACUACCAUAGAUCCGCGCAAGUGGUGAAGAAGUGGGCUGCAUCAGGCUGCGAGACACAGCAGCAGCAGCAGCAGCAGCAGCAGAACCAACCGACCGUCGCGAGACAAGAUCGACGCGCUGCCGAUACCAUUGCCGAUCAAUCCAAGCAGUCUGCGUCCGAGGCGGCCUGGCACGCGGCGAGGAUGCUCCUCGAGACCAAGAAGACGCUGAACAGCACGGAGGCAAUGAACCUCUUCCACGUGCCGUGGUGUCUGUACCUGGCGACGCUCACCUGCUGGGCCUACCACCACGCGCGACCCAGCCGCUCGUACGGGGCUCCCUCGCGGAGGGCGUUUGAUGCGUUUGACGACGAGGACGACUUUGAGGACGACGAGAUGAUUUGGGACCCGCAGGGCGAGAUGGAGGCUCUCGUUGCCAGCAUGUCGGAGCGCGUGGUCCGGGGCGAGGUUGCAUUGCGGAGGGAGCGGAAGAGGACGAAUGGUUUGGUGUGGAUCAUGGCGGACGUCUUGACGACUGUGCGAUGGGGGAUUGUGCAUGCCGGCGUUGUGGUUUUGCGGGGGCUGGUGCCUCAGCGGUUGAUUAACCAGUAUGAAGAGGUCAUCUGA